GGGGGCAAUGUGGUAAAUGCACAUUCGAAGUUGAAACCGUCAGGGUCAUUGUAGUCGCGGUGGUGCGAAAAUAGCGCGCGAGAGCACCUAUUCCUAACGAAAUCCUUCGUAGAACCAACUGCUUGUUCUUCUCGUUCUUGAGGUUCUUUCACUCCACCAUACUCAUUCCUUUGCUCCUCGAUUCGAAACCUAGAACAACGAUGUGGAAGUGGUUGUUCUCGAGAGAAUCCAAGCCGCCGCCGCCGGUGGUGCUGGUCCCUCCGCUCUUCGACUUCCCUCCCAUCGCCGCGCGUAACCGCAUGCUUCACUCCGCCUACGAUGUCGCUUUUGGCAAGAUCGCCCUCGCCUCGCUCUUCCAAGACUAUUUCCACCAGGCCAGGCACUUCACCACGCGACUAAUGCUCAAACCAAUCGAUGAUCCUCACGUCGAUCUCAUAGCCACUGUUACAGGUCCUCUCGAUCGUAAGCCCAACGACAGCAUCAUGGGAGAUGCGUUGUUUCGCUGGCAAAGUGAUGUUAACGAUCCUCAUACGUUUAUGGACCUUUAUGUAUCCACAUCUGACCCGAUUUUGCAGAUGAGAUCGUGUGCUUUCUAUUCCAAAUAUGGAUUUGGGGCUUUCGGAGUGUUCCCUUUACUGUUGAAGAAAAGAGAAAGCUCCCAAGAUUAUGGCCUGAUGGGGUUGAGAUAUGGUUCUGGAAAUCUAUCCUUUGGAGUCACACUUAUGCCUUUUGCCUUGAAAGACGAAUUACCAAAAAGUGCAUGGUUGGUAAGCAAGAUGGGAAGGGUGACUGCUGGGGUGCAGUUUGAACCGCAAAAACGAAAUGCCAAGCUUUCAAAUUUAACGAACUGGAGUUGUGCUUUGGGCUAUGGUGUUGGAUCAGGCAGCCCAUUGUGUCCAUCCUUCAAUUUCAACCUCGAGCUUGUCAAAAGCUCUCAGUUUAUUGCCUCAUUCUAUCAACACAUGGUUGUUCAAAGAAGGGUGAAGAACCCUCUUGAAGAGAAUUCUGUUGUUGGAAUUACAAACUACCUUGACUUUGGGUUUGAGUUACUUACAAGUGUUGAUGAAGCCAUAGCAGCAAACAAUAUCUCAGACGCCAGCUUUCAAAUAGGUGCAUCCUGGCAGGCUAAUAAAAAUUUCUUGCUGAAGGCAAAGGUUGGACCUCGUAGCUCAUCUAUGGCACUUGCAUUCAAGUCAUGGUGGAAACCUUCCUUCACUCUCAGUAUUUCAGGUGUCUUGACUGAUUGUUCUACUCAAUCUUGCUUCAGUUCUUUAUCCUGCUCCUUUCUUUAGUGCUACCGGGACUUUGUGUGUAUUAUGAGGCCAACACCUAUGUAGUCAUGAUAUGAUGAUCAAGGGUCAACACCAAUAUCUAGCAUAAAAAUUAAGUUUUAUAUCAUGAUUCUGCUUUUUUAGUUUUGGUCACCGAAAGUUCUAGUCCUACUUCAGCCCCUGUCCCAUAUUAAAGUAUCAAGUUCGUUAGAUGGCCUGUUUCCCACUGCAAGAUUUGUUUAUGUGAUGUAUUAUUUUUUGGAUGACUAGUGAGUACUACCUCUGUAAUAUCAUUUUUUAGGUAUCUGCAUGCUAGGGUUGUCAAAACGAGCAGCUUGACCCAGCUCUAGGGCCAACUAAAUAAAUUUAAUAAUCCAA